AUGGACGAUGACAUAUAUGUUGUUGAAAAAAUUCUUAAUAAGCGAAUACUUGAAAAUGGCGAAGUAGAGUAUUUUAUAAAAUGGUUUGGUUAUACCGAAGAUGAAGCAACAUGGGAACCAGAAGAAAAUGUAUUUUGUAAAGAUUUAAUUCGUUUAUAUGAGCAAAGUGUAAAUAUUAAUGAAAAUAUAAACGAUGAAUGCAGGUUACUUAUUUUCCAAAUUCUUAGUGAGCUUGAAGAUCUUGCUGAAACAGUGUCUUCGAACAAUGUGACCAUGGGUGAUGAUACAGCCGAAGUCAGCUAUCAUUUAUCUUCCACGAAUUAUUCCACUACUGCCACAGUUAAUGAAAGUCUAAAUACUGAUAAAUCCAUUGAGUCCGAUAUUGAAAAUGAAAACGAAAGUGGCAUAUCUAAACAUGACCAGGUCGAUCAAAAAGAGUCAACAUUGGCAAAUGAUCAGUUAAAAUCAGCAUCGAAUUCUAAACGUCGACGUCGACGAACAAAAACUUUGUUACUACCUCGUAAGAGACAUAGAUCUGAUCUUAUUCAUAAUAAAUCAGCUAUGGUCGAUGAAAAUGCCAAUGAUAUUAAACGACAAGAACAAAUAGAAACACACAAGACUACAAUAGAUUAUCUUUCACUGGGACCAGAACGCAUUGUUUCGAUAACACAUUCACGUUUACCAGCUGAGGAACUUGAAUUUCUUUUGCAAUGUAAAAGUUGUCCAUCAAAAUUAUUUUUUAUUUCGAAUGAAAAAGCAAAAGAAAUCGUACCAGAUUUAUUGAUUGAAUUUUAUGAACGCCAUAUCAAUUGGUUUAUUGAUAAACCAUCAUCAUCCAUACGGCAAAACCCCAAACGUGACAGCAACUCCACUACUCGAACCAAUAAACGUAGAAAAAAGUCUAAAAUGUAA